CCCUUCCCCUUCUGCCUCCCUGACCCAGGCACGAUGCUGCUGCUCCUGCUGGGCCUGCUGGGCCCUGCCGCCUGCUGGGCCCUGGGGCCGGCUCCGGGCUCGGGCUCGACGGAGCUGCGCUCGGCCUUCUCCGCCGCACGCACCACCCCGCUGGAGGGCACAUCGGAGAUGGCGGUGACCUUCGACAAGGUGUACGUGAACAUCGGCGGCGACUUCGACGCGGCCACAGGCCAGUUCCGCUGCCGCGUGCCCGGCGCCUACUUCUUCUCCUUCACCGCUGGCAAGGCCCCACACAAGAGCCUGUCGGUGAUGCUGGUGCGCAACCGCGACGAGGUGCAGGCGCUGGCCUUCGACGAGCAGCGGCGGCCGGGCGCGCGGCGCGCUGCCAGCCAGAGCGCCAUGCUGCAGCUCGACUACGGCGACACGGUGUGGCUGCGGCUGCACGGCGCCCCGCAGUACGCGCUCGGAGCCCCGGGUGCCACCUUCAGCGGCUACCUGGUGUACGCGGACGCAGACGCGCCUGCGGUGAAGCACCUGUCUAGCCCGUCAGAUCGUGACUGUUCCCUUCACCAGUUUGAAAAGCUUGAGUCACAGGCCUAUGGGAGGGCAUGA